CUAGGCCUGUGACCUUUCAGACUCUUGUCAGACAAAUGCGGUCAAAUGCGGGGUUCCCAAGCAUCACUACCAUGACUACUUUACAGUGAGAUUCCCAAAACUGAAGCUUUGAAGCCAGUGUUUUACAGGUCUCAUUUCUGUUAGGACACCAGGCUUGAAGGCUAGAUGCUCCCCUGCUCUAUGAUGAGAUAUGACACGCAACACGCCUCAGUUUGUCAAUGCCUAGCCAUGCACUCUCCAAGCCAGUCCCCAGGACCUACUCCACCGGCAGAACCUUCAUCCACACUGCAGUCCAUGUCUGGAACAGUCUCCCAGAUUGUGAAGUGGGAGAGAUGAAAGACAGUGGUGCUCCUUCAAACGUAGGGUGCAUCAACAUCUCCUGUCAACACAUUGAUUUGCUGCAUGCAAGUCCCUACAUCUAUCCAGUUCCUGUUCUGAUGAAGCAGCUUUCCCAGCCCAUGACUCUGUUCAGGUUUGGUGCAUGUAACUCAGCCCUAUCCCCUGUUUCCUUGCUUCAAGGCAGGCUCAUACAGCGCUUGAUGUACCUCGUCUCUUACAGGGACAAAAUCCGCGAGCAUGACAGCACUAUUGUCCAACAGUAG